AUGUCCAAUAUACUUGAUGCGGCGUUCAGAGUGAAAUGGGACCGGACGACUGCAGCGAAGCGAGCUAUCUUUCUCGCGGCCGCUGCCUACGGGGUGAAAACCCUGUACCCCAUCGUCUGCAGACAAUUCGUGAAACGGAAUGAAUGCAAGAAUAGCAGGGGCUCUAAAGGAGAGGAAAAUGGCUCGACGGUUUGCGUUAAAUCACAAACAGAUGAACUGAGUCAUAAAAAGUCUCCUGGGGUAAACGCAGAAUUUUUUAAGCAGAUACUUGAACUCAUCAAAAUCCUCUUUCCAAAGCUUGUUACCAAAGAGCUCGGAUUGCUGUCUCUGCAUUCGGUCGCGUUGAUUUCACGGACAUUUCUGUCUAUCUAUGUCGCAGGCUUGGAUGGCAAAAUUGUGAAAACAAUCGUUGAGAAAGAACCACGCAGCUUCAUCAUCCAACUGAUGAAAUGGCUCCUUAUUGCCAUUCCGGCCACAUUCGUGAACAGUGUUAUCCGCUACCUCGAGUGCAAGCUGGCCCUCGCCUUCCGCACACGGCUAGUGGACCAUGCCUACACCACCUAUUUCACAGACCAGACCUACUACAAAGUCAGCAACAUGGACGGGAGACUGACCAACCCGGACCAGUCUCUUACCGAGGACGUAAUGAUGUUUUCCCAAUCCGUUGCGCAUCUCUACUCGAACCUCACCAAGCCCAUCUUGGAUGUGAUACUCACCUCCUACACACUCAUCCAGACGGCCCGGUCCAGGGGGGCCAACGCCAGCGGGCCGACCCUGCUGGCCGGGCUGGUGGUGUUUUGCACGGCCAAGGUUCUGAGGGCCUGCUCGCCGAAAUUCGGAAAACUAGUUGCUGAGGAGGCCCACAGGAAAGGCCAUUUGCGCUAUGUGCAUUCCAGGAUCAUUGCCAACGCAGAGGAGAUAGCCUUCUACAGGGGCCACAAGGUGGAGAUGCGUCAGCUGCAGAAGUGUUACCGGGCCCUGGCGGAGCAGAUGAACUUGAUCCUGUCCAAACGUCUGUGGUACAUUAUGGUAGAGCAGUUCCUCAUGAAGUACGUGUGGAGUAGCUGUGGACUGGUCAUGGUGGCUGUGCCCAUCAUCACAGCUACCGGCUUCGCUGACAGCGAGACUGCGGACGGUCAGACUCAGGUGCUGGUGAGCGAGAGGACGGAGGCUUUCACCACCGCCCGCAAUCUCCUGGCCUCUGGAGCUGACGCCAUCGAGAGGAUCAUGUCCUCCUACAAAGAGGUCACAGAGCUGGCGGGCUACACGACACGCGUCUACAACAUGUUCCUGGUGUUUGGCGAGGUGCAGAGGGGCGUCUACAAGCGCUCGUCCACUUCGACCAUGGGAACAGGAGAGAAGAAGAUUGUGGCCAGGCCAGAGAUGCACAUCGACGGGCCUUUGGAAAUCAAAGGAAGAGUCAUCGACGUGGACAACGGCAUCGUGUGUGAGAGUGUCCCUAUCAUCACUCCCAAUGGAGACAUAGUGGUUUCCAGCCUCAACUUCAAGGUGGAGGAAGGUAUGCACCUGUUGAUCACAGGUCCUAACGGCUGUGGGAAGAGCUCUCUGUUCAGGAUCCUCAGUGGGCUGUGGCCUGUCUAUGGGGGGCUGCUGCACAAACCCUCCCCACAACACAUGUUCUACAUACCACAAAGACCGUACAUGUCCAUUGGGACCCUGAGGGACCAGGUGAUCUACCCAGACUCUCUAAAGGACAUGCAUGACAGAGGCUACAGAGACAAGGACCUGGAGGUCAUACUGGACAUCGUUAACCUCAACCAGAUAGUGACCCGCGAGGGCGGUUGGGAUGCAGAGAUGGACUGGAAGGACGUGUUGUCUGGGGGAGAGAAACAGAGGAUGGGCAUGGCUCGCAUGUUCUACAACAGGCCAAAGUACGCCCUGUUGGAUGAGUGCACCAGUGCUGUCAGCAUUGACGUGGAGGGAAAAAUAUUCCAGGCUGCAAAGGAUGCUGGGAUAUCCCUACUGUCAAUCACCCAUAGACCCUCCCUCUGGAAGUACCACACUCACCUGUUACAGUUUGAUGGCGAGGGAGGAUGGAGGUUCGAGCAGCUGGACACCGCUACGCGUCUCUCCCUGACCGAGGAGAAACAACGGCUCGAGUCUUCACUUGCAGGAAUACCCAAGAUGCAACACAGACUCAACGAACUCUGCAAGAUCCUGGGAGAGGACUCGGUCCUCAAAACAGCCGACGCAGCAGAGGAAUGAAAGAAAGAGCGAGAUGUUCAGAAAAGUCAAAAGUAUUAUUUUUUUGUUUCAACGCACACCAAACGCAUAUUCCCAUACGUUUCCAAUGUUGGGGUUGAGUUUUAAGAAUUCAAUAACAAUGUUGUUUUCUAGAUGAAUAGUUGAGAGACUUUAAAAUCUCUGACAAGCUGAGACUAACAUUUUAUUUGGUUGAACAAUGAAGUCAAAUUAUUUUGCAUUUAUAGCACUACUCAAUUUGAGGAAUAGUUCAUUGUUAUCGCUGUAGUUUGCUAUUGCUGUAGUUAUCAAGUGCUGAAGUAGUAUGCUUGUCCUCUUUUUUGUGAGACGGUAUUUUCCUCCUUUUAUUGAGUAGAUUUGUUCGUUUUAAUAAAACACCACUAUGGACAGGAAAAUGCACAACGCUCUCCAUUAAAAAUGUGUAGUUUUAUUAGAUGAGUUUAAAAGGUUGACGUUUUGGCCUUUAAUAGCCUUCUAUGUCAAUCUUUUAAACUAGUCUAAUAUUUUUUUUUUAAAUAAUGGUGAACUAACGUUGCACCUUUUCCUGUCCAAUGAUGUCUACACAUUUUUGGAUUUCCCCUCGACCCAGUUUUUACAAAUCAUAUCAAGUUAUUCAUUAAGGUUAGGCUAAUAAGCAUACCGUUUUUAAGGUAACCCAACUGCUCAAAUGUAAAGUACCACAGCUGCAAUAAAUGAGUGCCCCUUUCUGUUAUCUCAGCUACUGGCGCUGGGUUAUGUCAUAAGGACAUCUUUCUUAUAACAUUACUGAAUGUGUUUUUUCACGGGUUAUUUCCUCAGAACUGCAGUAUAGUAAUAUAUUCAAAAUACCUCAGUAGCUUUCAAAAUAUGUGGCUCUGCAUUUUAAAUAACACCCUUCCUUAGACCUAUAUAGUGCACUACUUUCACCUUUGUUAGUGGCUAAGAGAUGGUUAUCUUAGGAGCUUUUAUUGGACAUUAGUGCAUUAGUGACAGAGCUGUGGGUCUGUUGCUAUAGGCUUCUGGUUUACUGAACAAAUACAACGAAUUUCAAGGCAUUCUGUCUUGUCUCCAGCAGAGCACAGCAGGAAUGGGACUGGGCUCGCUCGCACAAACGCACGCUAACGCACACACACACACACACACACAUCGCCUGGCAAAGCCCUACUCGCUGUCACUAGGGUAAUAUCUGUGGAACAGAGGUGUUUUGUGUUGUCUCAGUCUGCAAUCUUCACCCCUAUAAAGAUAAGUCGCAUCUUCAGCAAGAGGUUUACAUUGUGUAUUACAAUAACCGCUGUUGUUUUCCGUUGUAGUUCAGUACAGUUUACUUGGUUGCUGAGUUUGAUUAACUGUUACUUUGUUAUAUCCACCCAGAGUAAAAUCAAUCUAUUUCAGCAAUUCAUAUUUGUUACCAGCGACCUAUCUCAGACUUUAUACUGUGAACUUUGUUUCUUUCUUUUUUUGAUAAUGUCAUAAAAAUGUAUUUUUAAUGUAGGGAUUUUAGAGUUUGCUAAUGCCUCUUCAAACCUUAGUAUGUACUGUAAAUCUUCUGCUGAACAAAGCUGUCAUUUCAGCGCUGCUGAGGUUAACAUAGGUCAAAUCCAAGACCAGUCCUUCUAGUACUGUAGCCUUAUAGCCUGGCUGUGUUAGUGUAUCCCCUAUACCAGGGUUCUCCAACUGGCGGUCCGCGGUCCGAAUUUGGCCUCCCAAGAGAGAAAAAGAAAGUGAAUUUUUAUUGUUGUACAUAAAAGACUGUAAGAACACCAGCAAAUCAGCUCCAAGUGAUUAACAUUUUGAAAAUGUCAAAUUAUUGCCACGCAUAAUAGAGAGAUAUAUGUUAUCGUAUACAGAUGCAAGCGAGGUUUGAAAUGAUUAUGUUAAAGUCAAAUAUUAUAUCUGUUUGGGCUUCUUGCAGUCAAUUUGCCGUCUACAAAUUAUUUGUAAUUAUGUUCCGGCCCCCUGACCAUCCUCUCAAGAGAAAAAAUCAGCCCGUGGCUGAAUAUAGUUGAUCCCUGCCCUAUACUGUAUUUUCAAUCAGUGACACAUACUAAUGAUGGGUUAUUUGAUUGGCUUGGUAACGACUGUGACGUAUCAGAAUGAAAUCAGUAACCACAAUGGCAGGAUGUGUAACUGAAAUAUUUUUACCACUACAUCUCAGACGAAACUGUCUUAAAAGAGAAGUGACAAUGGAAAAGAAUGUAUUUGAGUUAUAAAUAUGUACACUAUAUAUUGUAAUGUAUACUUUGUUAAUAUGGUACUUAUAUUUGCCUUUGCAUGGAAUGGGUGAGUGAGUGAUAUCUCAAUCACAUGUUAUAUUUGAAUUGUCUCUUUCGAUCAAUGCUAAACAGAGAGCAUUGUGGGAGGAUAAAUACAAUAACUUGCACUGUGAAUAGUUAGUUGUUCAUGGAAAUAAAGUAGUGAACGUUUGUAAUAUACUUGGUUAGAACUACUGUUAUGAAAUAGGUUAUACGCCUGAAAAGAACCUACAUAUUCAGGCUUCUCAUUCCUUGGGAUUCUAACUAAUACUUUGUGUCUUGAAAAGGACACGUGACACAGUUUAAAACCUGAUUUCCACGUACUGUUAAAAAAAGAAACAUUCUGUGUUGCUCAGCCCUGUUGAUAGGAAGUGUCUACAGUAUACUACUGGAUGAAACAGUGUCUUAGAGUGACUGAGAAUGGUAUGGAAUGAGUAGAAUCAAGAGGUGAUGCUUGAAACGGUAUACAUGUUGACCAUGAGUGUAGCUAUCUAACCAAGACUAUGGAUCAAAGUCAAACUAAAUCAAAUAUACUUUGGUAUUCUCUAAAAGUGUAACUGUUAAGUUAGGCCUACUCUAGUAUGUUCCCACAACACUGGCUUACUUACAAUUCUUUGAUACAAUUCAUUUUUCUAAUAAGUGGAACAUCCGAAUGUACUGUAUUUGACAUGUAUUAUAGCAUUUUACUUUGUCAUCGGCAAUUCAUUCCAUUUUGGCAACUGUAACAAUUUAAGUUUGAUUUGCAAAAUGGUUGUUCGUUUAAUGGUACCUCUUGUAACUAAUGCAUGUGUCGUAUCGUGAUUUUAUUAAAGAGAGUAACACACUCAUUUAUGUUA